AGCCACUUUUGAUUGCUACUUAUAAUCCAGAAGAGGGUGCUGUGCGUGAACACUUACUAGACCGUAUUGCAAUCAACUUGAGAUCUUCCGAUGAGUUUCGAUGAUCGUGUUGCAGCCGUGGGGAUUGCGACAAAAUUUCAGGAAUAUAGUACUGAAGUCUUUAAUAUGGUUCAAGAAGAAACAGAAUUUGCAAAAACUCAGAUCAUUUUGGCAAGAGAGUAUCUAAAGGACGUCGUCAUAAGCAGAGAACAACUCAAGUAUCUGGUUUUGGAAUCCAUCAGAGGUGGUGUCCAGGGACAUAGAGCUGAGCUAUAUGCUUCCCGAGUUGCAAAAUGCUUAGCUGCUCUAGAUGGACGAGAAAAAGUUUAUGCUGAUGACCUGAAAAAAGCUGUAGAACUGGUCAUACUUCCUCGUUCAGUCCCUAAUGAGAACCCACCAGAACAGCAAAAUCAACCGCCUCCACCUCCACCACCUCCUCAAAAUCAAGAAUCUGGGGAAGAGCAAAAUGAGGAGGAAGAAGAAAAAGAGGAUGAAAAUGAUGAGGACAAGGAAGAGAACGAAGAUAAUGAACAAGAGCAGGAUCAACUACCUGAAGAGUUUGUCUUUGAUGCAGAAGGGGGUCUGGUGGAUGAGAAGCUUCUCUUCUUCGCACAACAAGCGCAGAGACGCAAAGGGAAAGCUGGGAGAGCAAAGAAUGUUAUCUUUUCAGAGGAUAGAGGUCGAUAUAUUAAGCCAAUGCUUCCAAAGGGACCUGUUAAGAGAUUAGCUGUUGAUGCAACCCUUAGAGUGGCUGCACCAUAUCAAAAAUUGCGUAGGGAGAAGAACACUCAAGUCGGCAGGAAAGUUUUUGUUGAAAAAACUGACAUGAGAGCAAAGAGAAUGGCACGAAAAGCAGGAGCACUGGUUAUAUUUCUUGUUGAUGCAAGUGGAAGCAUGGCACUGAACCGAAUGCAGAAUGCAAAAGGUGCAGCACUCAAGUUACUAGCUGAAAGUUAUACGAGCAGAGAUCAGGUUUCUAUUAUUCCUUUCCGUGGAGAUUCUGCUGAAGUUCUUCUGCCUCCUUCUAGAUCAAUUGCAAUGGCAAGAAAUCGUCUUGAAAGACUUCCCUGUGGUGGAGGUUCUCCCCUUGCUCAUGGUCUGACAACGGCUGUAAGGGUUGGGCUAAAUGCAGAGAAGAGUGGUGAUGUUGGACGUGUAAUGAUUGUUGCAAUAACUGAUGGUAGAGCCAAUAUAUCACUAAAAAGGUCCAAUGACCCUGAGGCUGCUGCUGCUGCUACUGAUGCCCCAAGACCUUCGGCAAAGGAAUUGAAGGAUGAGAUUCUUGAGGUUGCUGGUAAAAUAUACAAAGCGGGGAUGUCUCUUCUCGUCAUCGACACUGAAAAUAAGUUUGUUUCAACUGGUUUUGCCAAGGAGAUUGCGAGAGUUGCUCAAGGAAAAUACUAUUACUUGCCCAAUGCCUCAGAUGCUGUAAUCUCAGCUGCAACAAAGGACGCUUUGUCAGCAUUGAAAAACACAUGAAGCGUUACAUAUUGUGGUUUCCUGUUGUGCCGUUGUAUCUAGUGAUUAUCAGAGCAGCUUAGUGUCCUCUCAACAUUAUUUCUUGAUUUUAGUACCACAUCUUUACAUGUAUAUUGAGAAAUUCUUAUUGUUGAAAAGAACGAAGUCCUAUUCUUAAAUCUUACCAUUACUCGUUGGUAU